AUGGGCGAAUGUCAAGGAGAAAAUAUACUUUUGUCAAAUGCUGACAAAACCUACUGUCCAUUUAUUGAAACAUUAUCGUUUGGUUCAGAUAUUGAUAUCCAAUGUAACAGUACUUUUCUUGUCUUCAAUGAAAUUAAUAAUGAUGUAUUGAAGUGGAAAUUUGCUAAUCAAACAGCUAUCUGUAAUCAAAGUGGCACACAACAAGCACAAGUUAAUCAGUGUGGAGUCGAGCGUUUUGAGCAACACUAUCUCAGAGUUCCGUUAAUCUCAUCGGAUCAUCGCGAAACAUCGUGUAUUUACUGUCGAAUAAAUUACAAACCUAUUGCACCCUCGAUAUUGGUUACUCAAACAAAUCAUCUUGAAACUGUUCUCUAUACAAUCAAUAUCACAUCCACUAGAUUAAAUCCUGAUGAAUCAUUUGAAAUCCUUUGGGCUAGACGACUUCAUGAAGAAAUUCACUAUUCAAUCAACUACUGGUUCUUGCCAAAAUGUAUUCAUCCUUCUGUCAAAAUCCUUGAAAAUAACACGCACACAAUUGUAUUUUUUGUUGACGAUUCUGUGUUGAGUCGCGUCGAAUUUAUUAUUCGCCGAUGUCAUGGAACGUGUCGAACAUAUGACACAUGUGAUGAAAAUGAGUUCUAUAAACAAUCGGAUUCGAACGAUUUGACUAUUCCUGAUUCGAUCGAAAAACUAAGCUGUGAUGCUGACUGUCUUGCUGGUCUCAUUUCCGUAUCAUCGUCCACAGAAACUAGCUCUUCGUCGAAAUUAUCAUUUAUAAUUCCUUCGACGAAUUCAACACCGUCCAAUGAUGAAUCGAAGAUUAUUGUUAUAAUUAUAUUCAGUCUAAGUGGAUUGUUAUUAAUAAUUCCAUUAGUUAUAUUUAUAAUUUAUAUGCUUUGCAGAAAAAAAGAAAGACAUGUGUAUGCUAAAACCAGUAAUGUCGAUCCAGAUGGACAGAAGUGA